AUGAAAUUUUGUCACAGGUAUGACAUGGAGCUGCACUUGGUACAUGUAAGCACAGAUCAUCAAGUGAAAAAUAAUAUAUCAGUGCUUGGAAUGCUUUACAAGAUUGGCAAGCCUGACAAAUUUCUCUCCAAGAUAAUGAGAAAUGUAUCUUCAAUAAUGGACGAGCAGCACAUAGAGAGUCCAUUGGGAAUGGUCAACCCUAGAAAAAUUAACAGUCGCAGUAAAAGGUAUUUUAGAUACCUGGGCUCACUUACUGUUCCUCCUUGUACUGAAGGUGUUAUUUGGACAAUCAAUAAAAAGGUGAAAACUGUUUCUAGACACCAAGUUAAUUUGCUCAGAGAAGCUGUUCAUGAUGUAAAUUUAAAAAAAAAAAAAUGGAUUUGGCAGUAUGCAGAGAGGAAUGCAAGGCCACUGCAGGCAAGGAACAGCAGAGAUAUUUACCUUUAUGGGUCAGGGGUGAAUUAA